AUGUUUAAGCUUAUGCGAACGUUGGUAUUCGUUACUGGGAACGUGAAUAAAGUGAGAGAAGUGCGCGCUAUCCUUGGAGAUCGGUUCACGGUUUCAGGGGAAGUGAACGAAGUCAUGUCGGAGUGGGAUUCCAGUGUGAUGGACAGUUCAUCAUUUGGAAAUCCUGGAAAGAUAUUUGAAAGGCCUGGCUGUUUGAGUGAAGCAUCAAGGAAUUCUGGUCUGUUGGUUACAGUCCCUGAAUUAAUUCGUAAUAUAGCACCAAUGCGUUAUGGUUUACUUACUGAAGAAUUUUACAAAAGUUCCAGUUCAGAAACUAUGCAGAGUGCAAGAAAUGAACGGACUGUUCCCUCUUCGUCAUUAUCAAAACUAUUCUUUGAUGAUGAUGAAGUACAAUAUAUGGGAUGCCAAAGUGAAUCAUUUCAUGUGAGGAGCAAAUUCUUUCUGUCUCUAAAUUCUGCAAAAUCUAAUGGGAAUAAAAGCUCAUGCACUUCGCUUUUGAAUUUACCGGAUAAGGAUGAAGGUAUGUCUCAGUGCCACUCGAAGAUGGCAAAAAUUGGAGAAGUUCCAGUUUGGGAACCGGCUUUGAGCUUAUUUCGUGACACGCAAAGAGAUUGUACAGUGAUUUCUGGAAGGGAAGUUCAUCGGGUUAUUUUUUCUCCCGCUCAGGAAGGAGCUCUCCUCUUCAAUCGCAACAAUCGCAUCUCAACAGCUUCGUUGGCUUCUUAUAGAGGACAUCUACGCACCUCGAGGACAUCCACAUUUUUCGAUCGUUUUCGCCAUCGUCGAAUUCCACGUGCGACUGCGCAUAUUCAUCAGAAAUCCUAUAAAUACCGAGUUUAUUGUGAACAAAGUCGAAAUAUUGAGAAUGAAGACAUCGAUUUGCCGGAAUAUCAAGGAGAACCGUCUGAAAUAGCUAGGCUUAAAUGUUUAACAGCCUCACAACAGCUACAGCGACCUGUUGUAGUUGAAGAUACUUGUCUGUGUUUUAAUGCUCUUGGAGGCUUACCCGGGCCAUACAUCAAGUGGUUUCUCAAGAACUUAAAGCCCGAUGGUCUGUACAAAUUGUUGGCUGGUUUUGAAGAUAAAACCGCAUAUGCGCAAUGUAUAUUUGCAUAUUGCGAAAAUUCAUCUCAACCUGUUCUUCUCUUCGAAGGAAGAACGAACGGAAGAGUAGUUAAACCGAGGGGAGAGACGAAUUUCGGUUGGGAUUCGUGUUUUGAACCAGAAGGUUUCUCGCAAACAUACGCAGAAAUGGGUUCUGCAAUAAAAAAUACAAUCAGUCAUAGAAGUAAGGCUCUGGCAGAACUGAAAAAUUAUUUUGAGAAUAAAUCUCAACAAUAA